CGAGGGGAGGGUCCCGGGCGGGGCGGGACUGAGCGGCGCGCGGGGGCUGAGCCCUUCUAGUCUGUCCGCCUGCGGGCUCCAGAGCUGCGCUUGGUGCUGGAGCCCGGGACGCGGGGCCCCGGGGGAGAAGGGCGCGCUGAGAUGGCUCCGCGGGGUCUCCCGGAGUCCGCCGUCCUCGCCGCUGCCGUCUUCGUGGGAGGCGCCGUGAGUUCGCCGCUCGUGGCCCCGGAUGAGGAAACUGAGCACCUAGCAGUUAAGAAACUUGCCCAAGGUGACAUGCCUAACAAUAGCGGCGGCCGCCCGUUACACUCCAGAACCGAGACGACGCCCUCGCCCACGAGCAGUGGCAAUGGACACCCGGAAUACAUUGCGUACGCGCUCGUCCCUGUGUUCUUCCUCAUGGGUCUCUUUGGUGUCCUCAUCUGCCACCUGCUUAAGAAGAAAGGCUAUCGUUGUACCACAGAAGCCGAGCAAGAUGUGGAAGAAGAAAAGGUUGAAAAGAUAGAGCUGAACGAUACUGUAAAUGAAAAUAGUGACACCGUAGGGCAAAUUGUCCAAUACAUCAUGAAAAAUGAAGCAAAUGCUGAUGUUUUAAAGGCAAUGGUAGCGGACAACAGCCUGUGUGAUCCUGAAAGCCCGGUGACCCCCAGCACUCCUGGGAGCCCGCCUGUGAGCCCUGGGCCCUUGUCGCCAGGGGGCACCCCAGGGAAGCACAUCUGCGGCCACCAUCUGCACACGGUGGGUGGCGUUGUCGAGAGGGACGUGUGUCAUCGAUGUCGGCACAAGCGGUGGCACUUCAUAAAACCCACCAACAAGUCCAAAGAGGGUCGCUCAAGGCGCCAGGGAGAAGUCACUGUCCUCUCUGUGGGCAGGUUUAGAGUUACAAAAGUGGAACCGAAGUCAAAUCAGAAGGAGCGGAGAAGUUUAAUGUCAGUUAGUGGGACCGACAGCGUCAACGGGGAGGUGCCUGCGACACCUGUGAAGAGAGAGCGAAGUGGCACAGACUAGCAGGAGUGACUUUGACGAGUUCUAAGAGACUGAAAACUUAUGACAUAUGAAGUUGCCUAGGGAAUUAUUUUUUUAUCUUUUAUACAAUUUCUAUAGUGGAGUCUGCAGGCAUGUGGAUGGAAGCUAAAAGGGAAUAGUGUUGCUAUGCUGGAUACAGAAUUCAUUUUGCUUUGAAACAAGUUUUGGUUUAAAAAACAUCUGAUGAAAAAUUUAUUACAUUUCCAGGGAGGAAAAGAGCUCCUUUUUUUUAUCUUCCCAACCACCACCCCUCCCAAUCCCCCAUUUGUGGCCUUGGUGCACACACUGCAAUUUUUCCAGUAUGAUAACUAUGUACAGUGGAACUAUAUGUAUACAGUCUGAGCUAAUGCUCAGAGGGUGUGUGUGUCUAUGUGUGUGCAUGUGUGUGUACACACGUCUGUGUGCCUGUGUUUUUGUUCCCCCCAACCCUUAGAUCUCAUUUUGCUACUGGUUGUUAAGAAGAUCCUCUUACAGUUUAACUGUUACAAAAGAUAAAAGAUGAAUCUUCGGUGGUGAAGGCUCCUUGAGGAUAUAGUCUAGCCCUGGGCAGUUGAUCCCCUAAGAGAUCAUGGAGUCAGAGGGAAGCAGAUGCUGGACUUUGGAUUCAGAGACCAGAAAUCAGCAGUGACCUGCUACCAGUAUGCCACUCCUAGUUCACUUACAAAAUACUGAGUUUUUAUUUUUGUUUGUUUGUUUGUCUUGUUUUUUUUGUAACUCAAGCUAAGCAAAUCUUAUUUAGCCAUUGAAUAAAGGGGGAAGUGGUUUAAAGUCACUUAAAAAAAAAGUCUUGUUUUGACAACCCAAGACCAAAACAAGACAAUCUCCACUUCUGGUGCAGGAUGGGCCCACACCUUCCUCUGGUAUGUUUUCCUUGGUAUUCUUCCUGUUCUCCAUUUUGUAACUAGUGCCUGUUAUUUAAAGGAUUCUUGAGGGUUACUCUCCCCUCAAGUGGCAUGGAAUACCCCACUUUUUUUUCUUCUUUUUUUAAAGCUUUACAGUUUACCAGACAGCUGUAAGAACCUGGAGGUGAAGGUAGUAGGACUUUUAUGGUAGGUCUGGGCCAAGAGGUAGGGGAGUCCAAGUAUAGGGAAAUCUCCAAGACCUGCCUCCAGGUCUGUGUUCAUGUGGUGCCUUGGACACUUCCUUUAUUUCGAAAAGAAAACAUAAUUCUCAUUUGACUCCCAAAAGAUGAUUCUCAUGAAAAUGUACUUUAAAGUAUUUACUGUCAAUAUACUCAUCCCAUUCUUUUCUGGCACCAGACUAAAAACUUCUAACCUUUUAAAUGAAUGGUAGGUUCAAUUUCAUGUGAAUUUUUGCUGACAACUAAUUACAAGCUGUACGUGUGUACAUCCAUACACACAGUGGACCAGGGGAAGGCAGUAUGGAAAUAAAUUUCACUGUGGUCCAGAAGGUAGCAAUAUAGGAAUUUGGGGGGUGUGUAUUAGUGUAAAUAAUAUACGUGCAGUCCAGACAAAUAGUUUUAGUUUUAUAAAAAGGAAUCAUUUUUUGUUUUAAAAAUAUUAUGCCCUCAAAAUGGUGAGGGAUAAAGUGUAAGAUAUUCUUCAGCUUUAAUUAUUUUUUAAUUUUAUUCAGGUCAGAGCACUUUUUUUAAUAGCAAUAUAACAGGCAAGAGAAUACUCAGAAUAUUUAAAAUUGUAUUUAUACCAAGAGUACGUUUUAAAUAUUUUCUAAUACUUGAGCAGUUGUUGUCUGACUGGCUUCCAAAUAUGCCAAAAGUUAAGCAUUCAAUAUUUUCAACAUGUAUGCUUUUUACUGGUUUAUAUUCUCUAAUAAGAAUCUUUAAGUGUUCCCAAAGCAACUGAUGUUUACAGGCCUUUUGUGUCUUUUCCUCCUUCUCUAGAAGGCUUGGGGAUCCACAGCAAAGUUAAUAUGUAAAACACUAAUGAUGGCCUAACUUCUGAUGUAAUAAAUGAGUUGGCUACCACCUCGAUGUAAAAAUUUGUAAAGGAAAAUUUUCACCAUUUUGAGUGUCAAAUGUGUUUUUAACUGUCUGGUUUGUACUUCUAUGACUUUUGUACUACCAAAGCAGAGUUACAAAUAAAAAAUGUUA